UCAUUCUCCAGCCCCUCCCCGGCGUGGGUUCCAAGCUGAGCGCAGCUGCUACUAUAGGCGCUGCUGUUCACCUAGCACACACAUACAGACUUGCUGAGUGUGACACACUCACCCACCCACACGGCCACUCCGGGACUCCCCAGAGUGCUCUCUCCCUCCUUCACACACUCACGCGCUCAGACUCACGCACAGGCACGCAGGCACUGAGCGGAUAGCUUCUAGCCUGCGGUUGGCACUCUCAUUUCCCUGUACCAGCCUGGCAGCGCGGAUGGCAUCUACGGGCUCUGGCUUUUGGUCCUUCGGGUCCGAAGAUGGCUCCGGAGACCCGGAGAACCCCAGCACAGCUAGAGCCUGGUGCCAGGUUGCCCAGAAGUUCACCGGAGGCAUUGGAAACAAACUCUGUGCCUUGCUGUAUGGAGACGCUGAAAAGCCAAUGGAAACUUCCGGCAGCGAGAAGGAGACUCAGGGAUCAGCCGAUAAAAAGACUGUCUGUACUUGCAAUCAAAAGCCCUGUAGCUGCCCCAAAACGGAUCUCAAUUACGCGUGUUUACACUCAACAGAUCUGUUGCCAGCAUGUAACGGAGAAGUGGCCACUUUGUCUUUUCUCCAAGAUGUAAUGGACAUUUUGCUUCAGUAUGUGGUGAAGAGUUUUGAUAGAUCAACAAAGGUGAUUGAUUUCCAUUACCCAAACGAGCUUCUUCAAGAACAUAAUUGGGAAUUGGCAGAUCAGCCACAGACCCUGGAGGAAAUUUUGUCCAACUGCAGAACAACUCUAAAAUAUGCAAUCAAAACAGGUCAUCCUAGAUAUUUCAAUCAACUUUCUACUGGAUUGGAUAUGGUUGGAUUAGCAGCAGACUGGCUAACUUCAACAGCAAAUACUAAUAUGUUCACCUAUGAAAUUGCUCCAGUGUUUGUACUUUUGGAAUAUGUCACAUUAAGGAAAAUGAGAGAAAUUGUCGGCUGGCCGGGGGGCAGUGGUGAUGGGAUCUUUUCACCUGGUGGUGCCAUAUCUAACAUGUAUGCUAUGUUGAUUGCACGUUUCAAGAUGUUUCCCGAAGUCAAAGAGAAAGGAAUGGCAGCUAUUCCCAGACUGGUUGCCUUCACAUCUGAGCAUAGUCACUUUUCAGUAAAGAAGGGAGCUGCAGCCUUGGGGAUUGGAACAGACAGUGUGAUUCUGAUCAAAUGUGAUGAAAGAGGAAAAAUGAUUCCAUCUGAUCUGGAGAGAAGAAUUGUUGAAGCUAAACAAAAAGGAUUUGUUCCUUUCCUUGUGAGUGCCACUGCCGGGACCACAGUGUAUGGCGCAUUUGAUCCUCUGCUAGCUAUUGCUGACAUCUGCAAGAAAUAUAAGAUCUGGAUGCAUGUGGACGCAGCUUGGGGUGGCGGACUCCUGAUGUCCCGGAAACAUAAAUGGAAGCUUAAUGGCGUGGAAAGGGCCAACUCUGUGACAUGGAACCCUCACAAGAUGAUGGGCGUCCCCUUGCAGUGCUCAGCUCUGCUGGUGAGAGAAGAGGGGUUGAUGCAGAGCUGCAACCAGAUGCAUGCUUCUUACCUCUUUCAACAAGAUAAACACUACGAUUUGUCUUAUGAUACCGGAGACAAGGCUUUACAGUGUGGGCGCCAUGUUGAUGUUUUCAAAUUAUGGCUAAUGUGGAGGGCAAAGGGGACCAUCGGAUUUGAAGCACAGAUUGACAAGUGUUUGGAGCUUGCAGAGUAUUUAUACAACCUUAUAAAAAACAGAGAAGGAUAUGAAAUGGUGUUUGAUGGAAAGCCUCAGCACACAAAUGUCUGCUUCUGGUAUAUCCCCCCAAGUUUGCGGCACUUGGAAGACAAUGAAGAAAGAAUGAGUCGCCUCUUAAAGGUCGCCCCUGUGAUUAAAGCCAGGAUGAUGGAGUAUGGAACCACCAUGGUCAGCUACCAACCCUUGGGAGAUAAAGUCAAUUUCUUUCGCAUGGUCAUCUCAAAUCCAGCAGCAACUCAUCAAGACAUCGAUUUCCUGAUUGAGGAAAUAGAACGUCUUGGACAGGAUUUAUAAUCAUCCAGCCAACCAAGCUAUCCCAGCUCUCUAGCUAGACAAUUAAGUUGUCACAAACUGUGUGAAUGUAUUUGUAGUUUGUUCCAAAGUGAUUCUAUUUCUAUAUUGUGGCGUCAAUGUAGAGUACAGUUUAAAAAACCAGGAAACAUUGCUCCUUUUAAAAGUCCUUCUUUAAGUUUGAGGAUGAAUACCUCUUUCAUAAUCAGCAGUACAAUUAAUAAGGAAAAGCUGAACACUGUUUAAAAUGGUUCCCCCAAUUCCAGCAAAAUGAGCAAAGUUAGUAUGUAUUUUCGUUUCAGAGUAGUAGGCUUGAAUGGUGCCAAAUUUGCCCCCAAGAUUCACAAAAUGUUCUUUGGGGUACAGUAGGGAAAAAAGAUAAAGCAAAUAUAAAAUGUCUGUUGAAAAUAAAAACUCUUGCCUUUUUCAUAGUAUUAGAAAAGAAUUUCUAAUUUACCUAUAGCAACAUUUCAAAUGUAUUUAAAUACAUAUAAUUUUACAAAAGGAAAUAUAUAUAUAUAAAGAAGAUCCUAUUUUAUAAAGUAUAGAUUUUUAUUUUAUAUGGGUUAUUAAAACUUCUGGGGCAGAAAUGAAAAAACUAAGCAGAUUUUUUUUCUUCCAAUGGAGGCACAUGAGAUUCUUAGUAAUGCUUAUUUUGAAACAUAGACUCACAAAUUCUUAAAAUGUGGAACAAUUUAUUUCUACAUGUCUCACAGCUUGUCACAUCUCUAAGGUUUAGUAUUUCAAAAUCUCCCAAGAGCAUCUGAGCUCUUAAAAAUGCUUGAUCAAAUUAAUUACAGGACAAUAGGAUAUUCUUCCAAUUAAGUUUUCCACAUGGUCUUCCCUCAGCUGACCCACUUAGUACACAGUAUUUGCCAAACUUCAAUCUAAGAUUCUAAUAGGUUGAUUUUCUUUCUUCUGCCUUCCAGUGCUUUCCUCCCCUUUGAAAAGCUGAUGCUUAUUCUCAAAGCACCUUCCCAAAUAGCAUUGAAUUAUUAGGUCAUUCAGAUUAGGGAAAUGGAAAAUAAAGUCUAAUAGGGACUGAGCAGAAGUGAUUGAAGCAUGCUCCCAGGAUGCAAUAAGCCAAGAAAAUUAAACUCCCACUUGGCAGAAAAGAGAUCUAUGUAAAAAAAAAGAUCAAAUCUUUCUAUAUGUUAUAUAUCUUCAGUAGGUGACCAGGAAGAAGUCUUUUACUUCAUGGAAGCUUAUUUAUUAUCCCCACUUAUCUUUAAUGAAACAUUCAUUAAUAUUGGUAAUAUGGCAAGGGCAAUUAAAAUAACACAAAUGAUUCUUUUCCUCCAGUACAAGCUUAAAUUUUCCUAAUUUCCCAUAGUGGAACAUUCUCUUGAGUAGAUCUUUAAUUCAUUUGCUGUCUCUCCAAGAAUACAGAACAAUGAACAAAAUGUUUGGAGUAAGAGGUUCCCCAAGUUCGAAUAGCAAUUGACUCUUCUAGGUCUCUCCCUGCAGUCUCUUACAUUAGGCAUAUUAAAGGUAAUAAGGUAAGUGGACGUAUGUACUUGUCCUUAUGAAACAACAACAUAGGAGAAAGUGGGCACAGAUAAUUCUCUGAGCUCAUAUUGCAGACCCUGAUUACUUAUUUAUAAGCCAUCCCCUAAGCUCUCCUUACCUCCACAUCUGUUGAGAAAUUGUUCAGUGUCAUAGAAUCUCUACACAGUAAAACUACAGGUGCAGAGACUGAAGUAAGAAUACUCAUGAUUACAUACCUAAUCCUGCUCCUGAUCAAAAUAAAGUAGAAAAAGGAGAUGCCCUGCCUGGAAAUAGCAGCUAGCUAUCUACCUGUCUAUUUGAGUGAAAUAGUUAACUCUUGCAUCCUUUCUUCUUUGUUUCUAUCAAGAACUUACUUUAAUUAUGCAUUGUUAAAAUGUAUGCUUAAGCAUAUAUGGCCUUUGGAGUUAGUUCUUCUUUCCCCUUAUCAAUGUAUUCACUGGAGACUUUAGAAAAUAACUUUUUAUAUAUGCAUAUGUAUUUAUUCUCCCAUGGAACAAGAAUGUCAUUUGAAUAUUUGUUUUGCAGCCAAGCUUCCUAUUCCUUCCUAUGAACUGACCUUCUGGAUUCAGUGCUUGAUUAUGUGUUAUGAGCUUUUGUGAAAGGUACCAGCAAUUACUUGUGAUGUUUAUUAAACUAGAGCUCUAACAAGCCCAUCCUUCUUGAAGAAGACAAUGAAGUUCAAUCUUCUGAUCUCUUCCCUUUGUAAGCCAGGUUGCCCAUUCCCUUUUGGUGCCAUCAGUUAACUUAAAGAGGAUGCCAUUUUCUGUGACCAUAAGCUAAUAUGAUUCAAAAGUUGAAAUCUUUGCACCUGAAUAUGAAAUUAUACCCUAGUUUUUACAGAAAAAGUCCCUGUUCACUCAACCUCAUGGAGGCCAUUUCUCCAUGUUUAAGAAUAUUUUUGCCUAACACUAUGCAGCUAAGUCCCCAUCUAUCUAUAACCCAAUGGAUAAGGGCACAAUCAAAAGCCCAAGUAGUACCAGAGACUUUCGAUUAAAAUAAUUUAAAGUUUAUCUACAUUCCCCUGCUAAAAGGAAAACAAAAGUCUUAGAAUUAUCCCAGAUUCCCUUUGCCAUGUCCAACAUAUGUGAGACUGCUCUUUACAAUCUUGUAAAGAAGUUUUGGUUUUAGCUUUAACUAGAAUCAACAUGGCCAUUUUUGUUUCUGAAGCAAUAUUAUGUUUCUUUCUUUCUUUAAAAUACUUGAAAAAAAGUGCGGUGCGUUUUUAUUUUAUCUGAAAUGUAGAAACGGUACUGACUUUGUGUAAUGUCACAAGGAUGUGAAGAAAGCAAGAAAGGGAAACAAAUUGUGUCUGUAAUUGUGUUGCCUUUUAUUCUAUUGAUAGUCCUGUCUCGUCGCCUCAGAUUGAGGCUGUGCACUUUAGAUUUAAACUGUACAGUGUUGCAAAUCAACAUGUGUUACUGUAUAAGCUUGUUCAAUAUAUUAUGGAUAUGUCACUUUCUGUGUGGUAGUUGUAUUGAAUCUUGAUAUUGUAAGAACUACAUACACAUUUGUCCCUGUAUUAUCUCUUUGCUCAGUUGUCCGACUUUCAUAUCAGCUCUAAUGCAGAACAUGCCCUUGCUGCUAACCUCCUUCCUAGGAGAUUCACUAUGACAAGAGUAGGGUGUUUUAAUGAAAAUAAAGAUAAGAGUCUCACUUCGUCUAGGAGGAUAGAAAAAAAAAAUAAAACGAUUACAGCAGCAUCUCAAUCUGCUGAAGUCAACGAUAUUCCAUCUGCGGGGCAAAUAGAAUAUAUUCUCUUCCUUAUACUAAGAGCAAAGGGCAUGGGUGAAGACAUAGUACAUGGAGAAGGAAGAGGGGGGAUAAAUAACUUGGUUUCACCUUGCACGUGCACUUCUGUUUUUCAAUGCUACGUACAAACACUGUAUAUUUAUAAGUUGUGUGUACCACAACACAGGACACAUCAGGUCUUUCAGGAGGUCAUGGGUAUUUUCCCUCACUACUUCAUUUCCUGCAGCCAGAAAAAAAGACAUAUGUCAACCUGUUCUUCUGACCAAAUAGAAACUUGUGUUUGAUCAAAGUAUUUUAUCUGUGUUGUCUCUUGAAACCCAAAUAAAAGCAGAAAAUGUGGUUACACAUCAA